AUAUACCGACAGGACGCUACGAUGAGAUGGGAGGAAAAAGAAUCGAUAAAAACAGAAAGAGAUGUAACAUACCUAUUUACUUUUAUGCGAUACGCACGGUGACGCGGAUUCGGUCCAACAAAAGUGGGAGACCGUCUUGAUAUGCAAUCAUUUUGAUCUGAAAUGGAUAGAAGAAUGGGCGUCCACGUAAUCACUAUCGUUCUCGCUGUUAUCAUUGGUACCAUACUGCUUGGAUAUGUGGUUAGGAGUGACUCAGAUUAUACGAGUUCGUCUGUGCAGCAAAUAAUAUUUGUAUUUCGUCAUGGAGAUAGGACGCCGACGGAGACGUACCCGAAGGAUCCUCAUCGCGAUUACAAAUGGCCGAACGGCCUGGGAGCUCUGACCAAGAAUGGCAUGCGUCGAAUGUACAACAUCGGCGAAUGGAUCCGCAACAAUUAUGGACCGGUAAUUGGCAAAAAGUACGAGAGCAGGUUAUCUGUGACUCAAAGCAGCUACGCUGAUCGGUGUUUAAUGUCCGCGCAGGCAUUGUUGGCGGGCUUGUAUCCCCCAACAGCGGAUGAGGUCUUUGUUCAAGGAUUAAACUGGAGACCCGUACCUGUUCAUUCCACGCCUAGGAACUUAGACAAAACUAUCGUGGUCAAGGCACCCUGUCCCCGCUUGGAGGAAGCUUUGAAAGAGGCGUACAGGAACGAAUCUCUGAGACCGGGGACUCCGUCGGCCGAAUACUAUCGUUACCUUUCGUUGCACACUGGACAAAACAUGUCCACGAUCACUGACAUUGAGUUUCUGUACAACACUCUAGAAAUCGAAGAGCGAAGUGGCUUGACGCUACCGGACUGGACGAAGGAUUACUAUAAUCUCGAGAUGCGGCAGAUAGCGGCGCGUAGCUUGGCCAUCUUUACCAGCAACACCUUGCAACGACGGCUUCGCGGAGGGCCGUUGCUGAAGGAAAUCGUGGAACGCAUGCGAGCAGCUGAAUCUGGUAAAGACACCAAGCGUGCCUAUCUUUACUCCGUGCAUGACAUAACUCUUGUUAAUUUACUGCGAGCCAUGGGAUUCACGAGCGAGUACUUUAAACCUGACUACGGCGCAAUGCUCAUCUUUGAACUGAACUUUGCCACCGGCGUUACGGACAACAGACGCGCUGAAAUCAAGUUAACAUACCUAAACGACACGGACAAGUUCACGGCGUAUCCCAUGGAAAUACCAGACUGCGGUGCGCCUUGUCUACUCGACGACGCGAACAGUUUAUGGAAAGACGUGCUCCCCGGUAACUGGGACGACGAAUGUUCAUCUAAAAAGAAAAAUACCAUUCCACGUUUGAUCGCGCCCAUCGUUUUAUUUGUGUUUCGCUCGAGUGAAGAAAAGAGGACUGUUCAGUCAUUUAGCCACGAAAUGUUCAGUUGGUUAAGCCGGGAAGAGAACGACAAGCAAAAUGUCUUCGAAAAUGUCACCGAGGGACUCAAGAAGGUCUACAAAACAAAGCUGCUGCCACUGGAACAGCAUUAUCAGUUCCACGAUUUUCACUCUCCGCAACUCGACGAUCCAGAUUUCGACGCUAAACCAAUGAUCCUGCUGGUGGGUCAAUACUCCACAGGAAAAACUACCUUCAUCAAGUAUUUACUCGAACGAGACUUUCCUGGGAUAAGGAUUGGUCCUGAACCAACAACGGAUCGCUUCAUUACAGUCAUGUACAGUGAAAAGGAAGGUGUAAUCCCUGGAAAUGCUUUAGUUGUCGAUCCUAAAAAACAGUUCCGUCCACUUUCCAAAUUUGGUAAUGCUUUUCUAAAUAGAUUUCAAUGUUCUACGGUGUCGUCUCCAGUAUUGAAAGGUAUAUCCAUAGUUGACACACCUGGCAUUUUGUCUGGAGAAAAGCAAAGAGUCGAUAGAGGUUACGAUUUUACUGGAGUUUUGGAAUGGUUUGCUGAACGAGUGGACAGAAUCAUUUUGUUGUUUGAUGCGCAUAAACUUGAUAUUUCUGACGAAUUUAGACGAUCCAUUGAAGCACUACGUGGUCACGAUGAUAAAAUUAGAAUAGUCUUAAAUAAAGCAGAUAUGAUUGAUCAUCAGCAGCUAAUGAGAGUAUAUGGAGCACUGAUGUGGUCUCUUGGUAAAGUACUACAAACUCCUGAAGUAGCCAGAGUGUAUAUCGGGUCAUUCUGGGACCAGCCCCUAAGAUACGAUGUAAAUAAGAGAUUAUUCGAAGACGAGGAACAGGAUCUGUUCAGGGAUAUACAGUCGUUGCCUAGAAACGCAGCGCUUCGAAAACUCAAUGAUUUGAUUAAACGCGCACGAUUAGCCACGGUGCAUGCUUACAUAAUCAGCGCCCUGAAGAAGGACAUGCCAAACAUGUUUCGCAAAGAUACAAAGAAAAUAGGGCUUAUCAAAAAUUUGGGUCAAAUCUAUGACCAAAUACAAAAGGAGCAACAAAUUUCGCCCGGCGACUUUCCAGACUUGAAGAAAAUGCAGGAAUGUUUGGUACAUCAUGAUUUUACCAAAUUCAAUUCCUUAAAGCCUAAAUUAUUGGAAGUAGUUGAUAGAAUGUUUGCCGAGGAUAUCGCAAAACUUAUGGACAUGAUACCAAAUGAAGAAAUCAUUUCAACAUCAGACUCUUUAGUUAAAGGUGGUGCUUUUGAAGGUGUAGAAGAUCAAGUAAGUCCGUUUGGUUAUAAACGAGGCGAAGGUAUCGAUGCUGGUGCGGGUGAACCAGAAUGGAUCGUUAAUAAAGAAAGAUACAAAUACGAUUCCAUUUUCAAUACGCUUGACCCAUGUGACGGCAAAAUUACUGGGGCAGCCGCUAAAUCGGAAAUGGUAAAAUCUAAAUUACCAAACAGUGUGCUUGGGAAAAUUUGGAAAUUAUCCGACAUUGAUAACGAUGGAUUCCUGGAUUCCGAAGAAUUUGCCUUAGCGAUGCAUUUAAUUAACGUAAAACUCGGAGGUUAUGAUCUACCUGCGGAAUUACCGGACCAUUUGGUACCGCCGUCGAAACGAGAUUUAUAAUUUUCAAUCACUAUUUUUGUAUAAUUCGUCCCUUAAAUUAUCAACGUCAAACUCCAUCGAUACGUUUUUACUUGUCACUUUGCUGCUUACAUAAUCAAAUUAAUUUACAUCGGUUCCACGUCUCGUUUUAUCGAUCUAGCGAACCAGAAAUUACAAAAAAGAACACACAAAUAGUCUUUGAUUAUCUUUCAAUUAUCUUUCGUGUUAGGAAAGCACUUUGAUUCCAAUUCUUUGAUGAUUUCAUACCGUACACCGCUUUUUAUCUUAUCGUUUUUAUUCAUAAGAAUCAGUGCUAUGAAAUUUCCUGAAAGGCAUUAGAAGAAGCAAUAUAAUAUAUGAACUGCACAUGUCAGCUAAUCUUUUACAAUUUCCUUGCAUGUACGUUGAUUGAUACGUUGAAAAUCGGGCGUGAAGAAAUAAUAACAUGUGUAAAUUUAUAUUGUUUUUAGUUUAAUGAAUUCGCAUAAUAGCAAUUGAUAUGGCGUACAUGUAUGUAUAUAUGUAGAUGGCAAAUAUUUCAGAUGUUAUAGACGCAUCGUUCUUAUUAAUAUCAUUAUAUUCAUUGAAAAAUAUGUUAUUAUUAAUCUUAUCAUCGUUCUGUGACGAUCCGUUAUUUAAAUUCGAUUUCAUUGAGUCGCUUCAUAGAAAUAGAAAUCUCCCGGAUGCUCAUGCUGUUACGCACGAAACGAACCAAUGAACGGAAACUGAGUUCAUUGCGAAUCAGUUUUACCUAAAUUGUUACCGUUCAUCUGAUAAUCGUUCUCUGCCGCCUACCACUGUCACGUUCUUAAUCCUAAAAGCACCGUUUAUUUUUAUUCGUGGCAUAUUUAUGUUUCGCAUUUUUGGCAGAGAAUGUUGAUCUUAGCGUGUAUAUAUAAUUUUAACGUCACGCUAAGAUCGUAUUUUUACAAUGAAAAACUACAGAAAAAAAAGAAAGAAAGAAAACAAGAGGAAAUCGAAGAAGACAAUUAUGUUUAAUAACGUUUAAUUCAUUGACACGACCAAGAGGCAACCGGAAAACGUUGGUGAAAUCGCAUUGCAUUUUAUUAGCACUGCCUUCGCAUAAUGCGUUCUUAUGUGAUAUAGAGAAAACAAAUAUUUUUAGAUUAUGAUUAUUAUACAAUGGCAAUUUUCAAUAUUUAUAGUCAAUUUAAAUAAAUUAUACUGUUCGAGAGGAAUUAUUGUAUUAAGAGGACAGCAUUCCCCGAGCAUGGGAACAACUAUUUGUCGAGUACGGAGACAGAGUCUCCCCUCUCGACCGGUAUAAAAAAGAAUUUUGUAAGUCGACCCUGUCUACGAACAAUUAUUUUCGACACGUGGUUUUCACUUUUCUACGCGCAACAUCGUAUUUACAUAUAUUUAAUGUAAGAUGCGAGUCAAUGCAUGUGACACGUAAACGUUCGAUCGACAAACGGUCUCUCCUUGCAAUUCGUCGAUCACGCGGAAGGAAUUGUUUCUCGGCGUCUUGGAACAAG